AUGGCAUCUUCCUCCUCCUCCUCGUCGGCGACGACGGCGCCUACCCCGGGCAACCCGAUCGUCUACCUCGAUCUGGCCUUCGGCGACCAGCCUGCCCCCACGCGCGCGGGCGCGAACCGGAUCGUGCUCGAGCUGUACGCGCACACUGUUCCCAAAACGGCGGAGAACUUCCGAGCGCUGUGCACGAACCCACCGACGAAGCUCGCAUCGACGGGCCAGCCGCUGUCGUUCCGCAACUCGAUCUUCCACCGUGUCAUCCCGCAGUUCAUGAUCCAAGGCGGCGACUUUACGCGCGGCGAUGGAACCGGCGGCGAGAGCAUUUACGGCGACAAGUUCGAGGACGAGGAUCUGACGGGCAAGCACGACCGGCCGUUCUUGCUGAGCAUGGCGAAUGCCGGGCCGGGCACCAACGGCAGCCAGUUUUUCAUCACCACGGUGCCGACGCCGCAUUUGGACGGCAAGCAUGUGGUGUUUGGGCGCGUGCUGCAGGGCAAAGCGGUGGUUAGGAGGGUGGAGGGCGUCAAGACGGCGAGUGGCGAUCGACCAGUGGAGGAUGUCAAGAUUGUGGAUUGUGGGCAGUUUGGGGAGGAGGAGGUCAAGGAGGGUAAGUGGGGGAUCGAGGCGGAUUCCACGGGCGACUCGUACGAGGACUACCCCGAAGACCAGAGCGACACCCUGGAGACCGACGUGCAAGCGACGUACGACAUCGGCUCGGCGCUCAAGACGAUCGCCAACACGGCGUUUGCCAAAGGCGACUUUGCGCUCGCCUGCGAGAAAUACCUCAAAGCCCUGCGCUACCUCUCGGUUCACCCCGUCCUGCCCGACACCACGCCGCCCGCCCUCGCCUCCGCCUACACCUCGCUGAAAACCUCAAUCCACCUCAACCUAGCGCUCGCCGCGCUCAAGACCGCACCUGCCGCGCAGCCCUCGCUCGCGAUCCAGCACGCCACCUCGGCUAUCACCGCGCUCACCUCUACGACUUCGUGGGACACCGCCGCCCCCGCGGACGAGGCGAAGCGCACCGCAGACCUGGCCAAGGCGCACUACCGACGCGCACUGGCAUACGUCGCACAGAAGCAGGACGACCGCGCCGAGGCGGACCUCGUGCGCGCGGCCGAGCUUGCCGCCGACGAUGCAGGCGUCAAGCGCGAGAUGGCUGCGCUGGCGAAAAGGAAGGACGCGAGGAUCAAGGCGCAGAGGAAGGCGUACAGCAAGAUGUUUUCCUAG